UACAAUGGCUCCUAUGACAACUUCAUCCAUGGCACUAUUGCUGCUGCUGAGCCUGAUGGCUAUUGCGAAGGUGGGAAUAGCAUUCCCACAAAAUCCAGGAUGCCCAAACACUGAGGACAAGAACUUCCCUCAGCAUGUGAAGGUCAAUCUGAAUAUCCUUAACGGGAAUACGAACUCCAGAAGGCCCUCAGAUUACCACAACCGAUCCACGUCACCUUGGAAUCUGCACCGCAACAAGGACCCUGAGAGAUACCCCUCUGUGAUCUGGGAGGCCAAGUGCCGCCAUCUGGGCUGUGUCAGUGCUGAAGGGACGAUAAACUACCACAUGAACUCCGUCCCCAUCCAGCAAGAGAUCCUGGUUCUGCGAAGGGAGUCUCAGCACUGCCCCCACAGCUUCCGGCUGGAAAAGAUGCUGGUGGCCGUGGGCUGCACCUGCGUCACCCCCAUUGUGCGCCAUGUGGCUUAA